AGUUCCAAGCACUCGGGGCACGGCAAAAAGGCAGGGAAGGACGAAGUUGACCCUGCCCGGACUCUUCUUUAGAAGGUACCGCGUCCAAGUCCUCACGCUUUAGUUUGCAUUCUAAAACUGAAGAAGACAGAGUUUAGGAAGCAUUAAUAUUGUAUAUUUGUAUUGUAUCAAUUGAAUGAUCAAUCCAGGUAGACACAAGGCAUGAUAGAUUAGGUGCGUUGCCUUUUACAUUCUGUCAGACCACAACAUUGUAUUCUCAAUUGUAGAACUUUUGUGUUCCACGAGGGAAGGACAGAGCCUUUGGGCAAGUGUAUCAGUGGUGGACAAUUUCUUUUUCAGAGAAGUGGUACAGUGUAAAGUGUUGUGCUUUCAGUGAUUCAGUGAAGUGAGAAUUGACUUUUACUGUCGGAACCAGUUGUUGGAUCAUGAGCCUUUGCGACUAUCAGUCUGUCUCUUGUGAAGCUUUCGUUCGAAGCAUUUAAAGCAGAUCUCAAAAAGUAUGGCCAGCCGAAGUCCCGGUAACGGUUCAACCGGAGGAGGGCACCCCGGUGAUAACAAUGACGAACAAGAAAAGAAGAAGGGGUCGAUUGGACGAUCGUUCUUCGCCAAACUGAGGCGAAGAAAUAGUUCGAAAGAUCGAAAAUCCUUGGGGAGUAAUCAAGGCAGUCGUCCGCAAACUCCGUCAACAUCGCCUCAACCAGAUGUUCGUUUGGAGAGAGCGUAUUAUGGAAAGAACUCCGACGCCAGGGACCGUUCCACGGAGGAUCCAAGGCGACAUACGAUUCCCCGAGCAGCUAUAGGUGGCAGUCCAAUUCCACCUCCAGGUGAUCAUUCCGACUCUGAAGCUGACGAGUGGGAUGCCUAUGCCAAGAAGUCGUCCAGGAAAAAGUCAAAAGAGCGUGUUUUGGGUCGGAGGGCAUCCCGAGAACGGGCCUUAGAACGUGAGAUGAGGCGGGAACGAUCACGUUCUCGGGAGAGGGUCACUCAAGUCAGUUCAAUGGAAACCUCACGAACUGAGUCCCAUGCUUCUGAAAGUAGCUCUGUGACAACUUCUCGUCAACAGUUCUUCAAAGUGGAGCAGCAAAUGCAACUAUCACAGUCGUACAAGGAGACCAGAGUGUCCUCUGUGACAGCUCGCAGAGUGGUCGGAGAUGAAUCUCAACUUCCACCAAUUCCACCUCCGAGGAGCAAAGGAAAACAUCAUUAUGAAGUUAUCCAAGUCAAGGACGAGGCUGACGGCAUUCGGACCAGCACUCCGAAAAAGUCUCCUUACCAAUUUUGGCGGGAACAUCAAUCCCAAGAGCAGGUCGACGACAAUGGCACUGUCCGUCGGACCUACGUUGAGACCUCAGGAGCAGUGAGUAAUCAACAAGUUGUCAUGAAGGAAUCUCGGGUUAUCAAACGGGAGCGUAACGUGUCUAGCUCAUCACAACGCUCCACUGCCUCUUCCACAGCUGAGCCAUUGUCCAAAGUGGCUGUCAGCUCAGUACCUAGCCCUCAGCAGGCUGAAAGGGUUUUUGUGGAGGACAAUAGUCAGCCCAAAGAAGGUGGUCGUAAAGAGAAGAAAUCGAUCUCGGCAAUGUUUUCUUCCUUUACCUCCUCCGCAUCUUCCAAGAAGAAAACUGACAAGGUGGCACCUGAGUUGGAGCAGAAAAUUUCGGCAUCCUCUCCGAUGAAGGCCCUUCCUUUGAAUCCGGACUUCCAAACCCAAAUGCAAGUGGGGGAUAGUGGAGCCACUCCAAUAACCCUAUCUUCAUCGGCCUCUACCAAGAAUGUUGGGGAGGAAACGCUGCUCGGCACAGUGCUCCACCCCAAACCCCCUCAACCCCCUCGUCCAUCGGCAAGGACCCCCUUUCAAGAAUGGCGAACCUAUCGGCAAGUUUCCCAAUCUCGUGAAGGAGCAUCUCCUGUCAGUCUGAACCCCGAACCUCGAAGAAUCUCAGCUCCGGCCUACUCUCCUAGCCUCGUUCGCCCCGGUCUCCGGGCCCGGACCCCUGAUCCGGACUAUGACAAUGUGUCAAUGGCUAGUACAGGAUCUCGCUCCUCUUGGGGUUUCCGUCAAGGAUCAGAUACAUCUCACGAAGACAUCCACAAGCUUGUGGGUCCUCAAUACUACGCAGAUCGGCAACGCAGUAUUAGUUCCAUGGGCAUUCCGCGCUACCAACAUCGUCCUCGAACCCCGUCUUCCAUGUUAUCCGCCAGUCCCAGACUGGAGAGACAAAUCCGAGCCCCUUCCUCCGAAGCUCUUUCUGGGCGACCCAAUUCGGCCUUGGCCAACCCAGAGAGUCAGGAGUGGUAUGACAAAUACCAAUUGAAGGCGUUUCCUCACGAUGCUGAAUUUGGGGAACAAGAAUAUGCCAAACACAACUAUGACACCCACAUUAAUCAAAUCCGAGAUGAACAAGAACGCGUUCAAAAGAAAACGUUCGUCAACUGGAUCAACUCCUACUUGGCCAAGCGAAUCCCACCCAUGAAAAUUGAGGACCUCGCCGAUGGCCUCAGAGACGGAACUCGCCUUUUGGCUUUGUUGGAGGUCUUGGGCGGGGAACGUUUGCCCAUGGAAAAGGGGCGUGUCUUGAGAAGACCUCAUUACCUUAGCAAUGUGAAUACUGCCCUCGAAUAUCUCCGAUCCAAACGAAUCAAGUUGGUGAAUAUCAAUGCGGCGGAUGUAGUGGAUGGACGGCCAGCUGUGGUACUCGGUCUCAUUUGGACCAUCAUCCUGUACUUCCAGAUUGAAGAAAACACUCGAGUCCUGGAAACCCUUGGACAACGCUAUGGCAGCCCAGCGGUGAAAGGCUACCAAACCGGUGAAUCUGAAGACGAUCGAAGCACUCCUGGCGGAGCUGGAAGGAAGCUCUCUGUACCAGAAAAAUGGAAGUUGGGUGCCAAGAAAGCCCUUCUUCAUUGGUGUCAAACCCAAAUUGGACAGAAAUUUGGCGUCUCCGUCAGCGAUUUCGGCAAAAGCUGGCGGGAUGGCAACGCAUUCCUGGCUAUUGUCAAUAGCAUUCAACCUGGCGCCGUCGACAUGGAUUCCAUGCAAAGAGAAAACAAUCAAACUAGAUUGGAAACCGCCUUUUAUGUGGCUGAGGUGAAACUCGGGGUCACUCGGCUUUUAGACCCCGAGGACGUGGAUGUCCCGAACCCGGAUGAGAAAUCCGUCAUGACUUAUGUGGCACAAUUCCUACAUAAAUAUCCCGAAGGAUCCGUGACCAAGGGUGCGGAUCGUUUCGGCUCCUUGGAAAGUCAAUACCAAGAGUUGAGGGCCUGGCUCACCACCAAGAUCAGCUGGUUUGAGCAGACGCAAGUCACCAAAGGCCACCUGCCCAAGAACUAUGAAGAAUUCCAAAAGUUCAAGGCAGAGAUGACAACGAAACAAGAGAUCUAUGAUCGAUUACGACAACUGAAAUCAAACCGACAACUGGGCAUCAGUCCAGAAGCUUGGAAUGAGCUCGACAAUAACUGGCAAAAAAUGGAGACUCAGAUGCGCCAUUGGCAAUGGCUCUUGGACACUUCCCUACCCGGAGAGUUUGGCAAAAUCGGCGAAUGGCUGAACCAGGGUGAAGGUCUUGUCAACUCUGACGAUAUUCCGGCCAUUUUAAAUGAAGAGGCUGCAGCGGUUCUGAACCAGAAAAUAGAAGACCAUAAAGCAUUCUUUGCAGAUCUGCCUUCGGUCAAAAAACAAUUUGAGACGGCUGUGUCGUCGAGUCGUUAUGUAGAGCAGAUCCCUAAGGAUCAGCUCCAAUCUAUGGCUCACCGACUUGGAAACAUCGGCGCAAAGGCCGAUGUCCGAGCAGUGAGACUCAAGUUUUUGGAACAUAAGUGCUGCAUUGUGGCCUUUCUCAUGCUCACCGAGUCAAAGCUCAAGACCUGGACUAUCAAGUACGGCCGUGAAGAGAGAGUCCAGCAGAUCAUGUCCCAGUAUAAGACUUUUGUGUCCAAAAACAAGAUCUUUCAAGAAUUCCAAAAGGCUUUCAUCGAAUUCAAAGAAGUGAGUGAGGAGUACAAAAAAGAUGGAGACGUUAACGCCGAAGAAAAACUUGAAAUCAACCGAUUCAUUGACGACGUAGCUGAAAGGUGGAAAAACACGUCCACAGAGUUAAGAUGCGUGCAGUCGCUUUUGGAAGAGGUCUUGACCUACUGGAAGCGUUGGAAUGCCAACUACCAACCAGUCGAAGCUUACAUCAUAGAUGCUUUUGAAGCUUUAAAGAAGGACGAAAGCGUCCAAGAAGAUUUCUUCCACGACUUCGCUAAUUGGAAGGAACGAUAUCUCUUGCUUGAAGAUACCGUGGCCUUUCUAGUGGCCACAAGUGACGCCGCCGUUGGACAAGAUCUCCGCGAGAGGUUCAUAAUCGUUUCCAAUAACUGGGAGCAACUGUUCAAGCAAGCAGAGAGGUUCCUUCAGAGUGGAGAUAUUCAUCGAAAGAAGAAGGUGUACCAAGAAAGCCUUGAGCAAUUGGAUCAAUGGUUAAGAAAGGCUGAAUCAAUUCUUAGCACCACUCAACAAGUGGAGACCGGGAGCAUCAAGCAGACCUUGGAUAUCCUUAUGGAGCUACACUCCGAGGUGAGUGACAUGGAAGAACUUUUCAAGUCUCUGUCUAAGAAAUUUCAACAACUCGUUCCUGAAUUGGAAAGUGAAGACAUUGAAGACAUGAUGUUCAUCUUGAAAAAAGAGAAAGAGAACUUGGUAAUCAUUCGUUCUAUGAUCCCUACGCGGAUCCAAUUGUUCCACCACCUUUUAUCCCAAAUUGAAGCCUUCGAUAGCGGCGAAAUUGAGGUGUUGCGAUGGUGUGAUGAUGUGGAUGGUCUGGUCAAGUCGGUUCAAGCUGUUGGUGAGCCAGAAGAUCUCCAGAUAGAACUGGCCAAGCACAAGCCUUUCUUGGCCAAAACUGUAAACAUGCAGAGUUUGCUCCAAAGUAAAAAUAAUGUCUUUCAAGGCAUUCUUAAGAACACUGAAGGAAAAGAAGGAAUAGACACUUGCGACGUGAGUCGGCGAAUGGACUACAUCAAUGGACGGUUUGAAGUUGCCCUACGAGCGGUUAAACAAUUUGAGUCGAAUAUGACUAGCGGUAUGCAGUUGUGGGAUAAGUUUCUCGAGGCUCAGAAGUCCAUUGUCAGUUGGCUCAAAGAGGCCAAGAUUAUGUUUAAUGUCAAACAUAUCACCUCAUCAGAAAUCGUUCAAAAGCACAAGGACUUCUUCCAUCCCCGUUGUGAAACCAUUCUAAACAACUAUCUUAUCAUGGCCCAGCAAUUGGAACCAUUCCUAUCAGACUCAGAUAAGACCAAAGUACGAGAAGAUACAGGAUCAAUCAAAGCUGAAUGGGACAGCAUCCAAGCUUAUGCCCCACAUCAUGCACUCAAGUGUGAAUUCAGAUUGUAUGACGACCAAUUGGGAAAUUGCAUUCGUGAGAUCGAGAACAAGCUCCAAGAUGAAAGCCAUGCCUUCCAGAAUAGUGAAAACAUUCCACAGAUUAUUCAAGAGCAUAUCGAUUUCUUUAGUAAUUCCAACAUAAUCCAAGUGGCCGAGGGGAGCCUUGAUAAAAUGGAGAAUGUGGUUAAGGCAUUCAAAGCCAUUGCUCCUGAUGAUAAGAACCUUGGUGAGAUGCAUCAAACCAGGCAAAAACAAUGGGAUGCAAUCUACGAAAGAGUUCAAUCAGUUCUCAAGCGAUUGGAACAAAUACCGGAACAGUGGAGGGAAUACGAGAAGAAAUUUAGCCAAAUGGUCCGAUGGAUGGAUACAGUUGACAAUACGUUAGCAAAAGUAUUCAAGAAUGAUUCCGAUGCAGAGGUAUUUGAUGACGAAAAGGAGGCUUUCCAACAAUUAUGCUGUGAUGUCGACAACCGUCGUGAUGACAUGAAAUGGUUGGUUCAAAAGCUGGACUCACUCGUUAGCCAACGAGCAGAUGAUUCUGGAUUGUCCGAACAGAAACGUCUGGAAGGUUUGAUCACCCGAUACAAAAGCAUGAUUCCCGUGAUUGAACUCACCAUGCAAAAGGUCGACAUAUAUUCUAGGUGUUAUGACUUCAAAAAAGAGGCCAAGGCAAUCCACGGCUUAUUGGGGGGCAUCCAACAAAAGUCUUUGGAGGAUAAUUUCCCGAAUACAGAAGAAGACGUCCAAUUCUUAUUGAAUAGGGAAGAGGCCAUCCUUCAACAGCUAGAUGAACAUAGAGGGCCAGUUUUGGGCCUACUUCAAAAGGGAUUGGAUCUCAUGCGGGAUCCAAACGCCCCUGACUUCUUAAAAGAAGAGGUCAAGGCCCUUGAGUCCAUGUGGAAUGAUUGCUAUUCCAGAUGCGUGGAACGCAGGAAGAAUUUCAAGGAGCAGUUGAAGGUGUGGCAAGAGUACAAGGAGAAUAAGAUUCACAUGCUCAAGCUCAUUGAUGAUUCUGAAUUUGAACUCAAGAAAGUUGUCCCAAAGCACGAUCACAAGGAAGUCAAGCUUCAAUUGAGGGUCAAAUUAGAUUUGAAGGAGGAAAUAACAAGAGCUACAGAUGGCAUUUUGGGCAAAAUGAGGGAACUAGCCGAUGCCUUGAGUGCAGCUGCUACUUCAGAGCAACAAAAUCUUUUGUCUCAAGAAAUGAACACCAUGGAACUAAGGCUCAGGGAUCUUCUGGAAGAAUGCAAUGAGAAAAUUCAGCACCUGGGAGAAUUAGAUGUGAAAUGGACAGAGUUCAACAAGAAUCUGGGAGAUCUGAAAGCUUGGGUUGGCAAGGCCAAAACUAAGUUGGACCAACUGACAAAAUUGGACGUAUCUCCAGAGGAUAGGGUCAAGAUGACACUCGAGCUUCAAUCUGAUGUCAAGGGCAAAAUGAAUCAAUUACAAAAACUCGAAAUCGAUGCCAAUAAUCUCUUUGAAAACGUCCCUGACACAGACAAGGUUGUGGACCUUAAAGCCGAAGUGGAGACAGUCAAAAAAGAUGUGGAGGCUCUAAACCUUAAUGUAGAUGAAAAGUCUGCUACUAUUGCCAAAGAUCUGGAUCUUUGGAAUGAUUGUCAGAAUGAUCUGACAACCAUCAAACCUUGGCUGGAAAAAGCUGAACUGAAGGUUACCAUGGGCAUGCCUCGCCAUACCAAUAUUGAUGAUGCCAUUAAAGAAUUAUCGGAACUGCAACUGUUUGAAGAAGAGAUUCUCAAAAACGAAAAAUUGUUAGCACAAGCUUCUGAAAAAGGAUCAGACUUAUCUUGCGGGCAAGGAAUUUCGGAUGACGUUGAUGCAUUAAAAUCACGAAUCCAGGCUGUGAAGGCCAAUGUGUCCCAAUGGAUUCCAAAAUUAAAAGAUUUGGUGAAGAUAUGGAACAAAUUUGAUCACGAAUAUGACGAGAUUGAUGGGUGGGUGGGUGCCAAAAAGGCUGAUAUGAAUGGAGAUCAACAUCUCCUAGCUUUAUCAUUGGAAGGCCUUACGGGCGAAUUGGAUCAGUUGAAAGCCUUGAAUGACAAAUUGACUCAAAAACAGAUUGACCUCCUAAAUAUGUCCAAGGAUUCUGAUAUGGUGGCAAUGCACAUGACUCAAGAGAGCGCCCAACAAGUAAAGCAAAAGGUCGGAGGCUUGAAAGGCGAACUGGCUCAGUUGUCGGACACGUCAAGAGCCAAAUUAUCCAAAAUCAUGCAAAAUAUUCAAAACAUGCAAGAAUUUCAGGACGAGGUGGCUGAUGUUUGUGCUUGGAUCAAGGAUCUUCGUUGUAAAAUUGUCGAACUAAACGAAGUUCCUUUCAAUCUGAUUGACUCAAGUCUUACCAAAGUCCAUUCUUUGGCUCAAGAACACGCGGAUUCUCAAAUCAAAUUAACCAAACUCAAGCCCGACUCAAGUAACCAAACGUUGACGGAGAACGUUAAAACAAUGCAAGCCAAUUAUGAGGAACUAGGAGCUCUCUUAGAAAAUAAAAAGAGGUCUCUUCAGCGUUGGUCCUCCUUUUGCACAUGGCAUUCAGAGUCUGAUUCGACCUUGAACCAUCUGGAGCAAACAUUAGACAACGUCACCUCUUUAGAUGGUCUAGAAAUCGCCUUGGCCGAGUUGGAAAGCUUGGCUCAACAAUGCCAAAGCCGGAAGAAUGACGGAGCUAAUGAUGAAGAGAUUGCUGCCAAGAGCAAGACUUAUGUUAUGCAGAAUGGUAAACCCACCAGCGUGCUACUCCUGGUGGCCAAUAUCUUGCAAAGGAUUGUUCACUUAAAGGAUCUGAUCGAAACCAAAGAAGAUAAGCUUCAUUCCUUGGAAGACAAGUGGGACAAUUUCAAGGACGUGGAGCAACAACUGGCCGAGUGGCUUCAACAAGUGCUUCAAAAGGUUCAGAAAAUCAAUGUCCGUGACAGCACCAUUGAUUGUUUGAAAGCAGCUGCCACUGCCGUGGCUGAUCUUGCCGAUCAGUGUGAUCAGAAAAGCUCUUUGAAAGUGGACUACGAGAGGCUGGGACGAGAGCUGGUCAUGUCGGAUCCUCAGCAAGUAGGAGUGGUCCAAGAUGCAUUGUCUGAGGCCACUUCGAAAUGGGAUAAAGUCACAAGCCUACUCAAGGAACAACAAGGCAAAUCGCAAUCCUUGAUAGCCUUGUGGGAGCAAAGUCUAGGCCACCGAGAAUCAGUCAUGGCUCAGUUGGACGAGGCUCAAGAUGCUCUAGGAACUUUGGAGCAAGCAACCAUCAAGGGAAAAAAGGAUGUAGCUGCCAUGGUAGACAAGUGCAAGAAUGGAUUGGAUACUUUGAAAAAGGUUAGGCAUCCUUUCGAAAUAUACUACAAGAAACAAACCCAGCUUAUUCAAGAGUUGCAAACCGUGCCAAGUUUUGACACAUUGCCUUUGAAAACGGAUAUGCAGGAUGUUCAAAAGAAAUACGGAUAUUUGGGAAAGACUUUAAAAGUUAAUCUGAAUGCUCUUGAGUCCAAGAUGGUGCUUUGGGCUCAGUGGGAGCAAAUCUUAGAUGACAUAACCAAUUGGAUCCAAGAUACUCAUUGUUCCUUGGAAUCUGCCUUGGAAAAUAACGCUGACACUGAAUCUACCAAGACAAAGCUGGUAAAAUACGACAAUGAACUCCCUCAGAUGCUCAAUCAGAAAACUAAUAUUGAAGCAAAGAUGACGUCGCUAUUGAGUGCCAAUCAAGGCAAACCCAUUGAAGGUUUAGACAAAACAAUUGCUGACAUCGGUGAAGGCUUUGACAAACUCAAUGUGUUGCAUAUGUCACUGAAAGGAGCCCUAGAAGGCUUUGAGACAAAGUCCAAGGAUAUUCGAAACAAAAUUAAGAUCAACUUUGAUGGCUUGGCCAAAUUGAGAGAACAGGCCAUGACAUGCGAAGACUACACAGGAGCAGACGAAGAGAUCCUUCAACGCCUUCUAUUGGCAAACAAAUUGCAAGAUGAGGCUGAUGCUUUUGAAAAAGGUUUGACGGAUAUUGAGACAGAAAUCAAAGACAUGAAAAUCCAAUUCAACAAUGCCGAUGUUACUUCUCUUUCAAAAGAGUUGGCAAGUCUGGCCAAACGGUACGAUGCAACUGCCUCCCAAAUAUCAAAGGUGUCUAAUGCUUUGCACAAUGUUCUGGAGAAACAUUACAUCGAGAAAGUCCAAUCAGAGAUCAAAACCAUUGGAGCCACCAAAGACAAACUUCUGUGGUGUAAACCUGACCAAAAAAGCGACAAGUUCAGCUUAGAAACCAAAUUGGAUUGUCUCAAUGAGCUUGAGAAAACCUUGGAGGAAACUGGGGGUCCUUCUGCCACCCUCCAAAAUGUUGCAAAUCUUUUGCUCCAAGUAGCUGAUGAUGAAAAGGGCCAUGAAGUAAAAGAAACCGUAAAAUGUCUGGAUCGCGAUCGAAAAGAACUCCUAGAUGAGAUUGCCAAGUUAAAAAUUGAUAUUUCGGAGUUUCUCCUGUCUUGGAGAAACGUCCAAGAUCUCUCCGAAAAGCUUUCGGAUUGGCUUAAGACUGCAGAGACUUUGUUCCGCGAGGAGAUAGCGUGUCCAACGGAAUUAGACACAUGCAAAGAUAUCUCUGAGAAACUGGAAAAGCUAAAGCAGGAGCUUCAUUCCAAAGACUCUUCAUUAGAUGAUUUGAGCAAAGCCACAGAUCUUCUGAUGAGUAAAACCCCUGAUGUGCGGUUGGAGCAACAAACCAACAAACUGCGAAAUCGAUAUGAAACAUUCAAAGUCUCUGUGGAUACGCAGCUACAGAAACUGCAAGAUUUGGCAGAAAAUAAGGGGGCUCAAAUUGACGCAAUCAACGAGUAUGAAAAAUGGCUCCGGUUAUCCAAAGCCAACCUCAAAGAGUUCGAGGGCUUAGCUGAGCUUGUGAACGAACCAGUGGCCCCCAACAAGCUAGAGGAAUUGAGAGCCCUGAUUGCUGAGAAAGGCACUGGACACAGCUUACUUGAAAAAGCCAUUGCUACAGGUGAAAACUUGUUUGCAUACAUACCGUCCCAAGAUCGCGAAAAGAUUCGUUCUCAUAUUCGACAGAUGAGGGAUGGCUGGGAGAAUCAUAUUGACUAUAUGGGCGGAAUUCAGAAAUCUGUGGAAGGAAUUGCCUUGAAAUGGGCUUCGUUUGAUGACAACUUUGGCCAAUUCCAAAAAUGGUUGGAUGCAAUUACAGUCGCCUACUCAAAGCAAUUGGAUGGAGCUCAAGAUAAACUUGCGGACAAGAAGAAUCUUCUUCACCAAAUGAAGUCAUUGAAACUGGAUGUAGAUUCCCAUGGAGACGUUUUGAUUAAGCUUGACAGCCGAGCUCAGAGCCUGAACAAUCCUGAGGUGGGCAAGAAAAUGAAAGGCUUGCAAGGCUCUUUUCUAGACCUUAAAAGUAAGAUCGACGAUAGAACAAACAAGUUGGAGAAGAGCGUCAGGACUUUGGAUGGGUUCAACUUGAAGCUAGAAAAGGUAAAGGAUAUCACAGAUAGCCUUCAGAAGGACAUUGAUUUAGCCUCCUUAGCACCAUUGGAAAUGGACGAGGUUGAUAAAGUGUUAUCUCAAAUGGACGAUAAUCUUCAAAAACUGGACCAAACUGACUCCAUUGUGGCACAAUUGGCAAAGGAUUUGCCCUCUCUCAAAGCUAAUAUCUCAGACCAAGGCUUAACAGACUUGGAAGAGGACUUACACGCCGAAAAGGCCAAAUUAGCCAUGUUGAGACGAAAGACUUUGGCAUUGAAACAAGAGCUUACCAAAGCAAAUAAGACUUCAUCCCAUCUAUCUCAACAAGCCAAGGAAUUUGGUGAAAUGCUCUCUGAUUUGGAAAAACAGCUCAAGGAUCACGUCCUCAAAGACUCAGCAGAUGCCAAAAACUCUUAUUUGGCCAAACUGAAGAAACUCCUUUCCGAGAGCCUUGCUAAGGAACCUGACUUGCAAGAGUUACUAAAAUCAGCUGAAAGGUCCAGCCCGGACAAUACGCUCCUAUCCACCUUAAGUGAAUUGAAAAAUCGUUACUCUGUGCUGAUGAAGAACUUGAGAGAGAUGAUGAAUAAAUAUGAAUCUUUCAUUAAGGAACACAAAUCCUUUGAUGAACAACACUCAGGUUUCGUUGCGUGGAUGAAAAUGAUGAAUGAGGAUUUGAAAAAAGUCAAUGAAGUGGUUGGUGACUUGAGGGUGCUCCAAGAGCGCAAGAACUCUGUAGAAAACCUUGAGGACAUAAGAACAAACGAGAGCGCCAAAUUGGAAUCUUUGAUGGAAUUAGGGGAACGUUUAUACUCACAUACAUCUCCUCAUGGAAAAGAGAUUAUCCGGAGGAAGUUGCAAGAGCUCCGAAGUCAAUGGGAAAAGCUUACGGAUGGAUUACAAAUUGCUCUGAAUCGGUUGGAGUCAUGUCUGAAACAGUUUGCCGACUUUUCAAGUCUGCAAGAACAACUAACGAAAUGGUUGAAAGACAUUGAAGUUGCAAUGCACCAGCACACUGAGCUAAAGGCCUCUCUCGAGGAAAAGAAAGGUCAGCAUCAAAGUCAUUUGAUUGUGCACCAGGAAAUCACAACCCAUAAUUCCCUAGUAGAUGCCGUUUGCAAUAAAGCACAAGAGUUAGUCAAUCAAACUCAGGACAAGUCCUUAAACAUGUAUAUCUCUUCGAUUAAAAAUCUCUUUAAAAACAUUGGGAUCAAGUCCAAUGACCUGAUGGAAAAACUCCGAAUUUGUGUUGCGGAUCACACUCUCUACGCCGGGAAUUUCAAGUCUUUCUCGGACUUUGUGAGCCAACAAAACAACUUAUUGAGUCAGUGCGCUGAUGUUAGUGGCGAGAGGGCAACUUUAGACCAAAAAACGUACCUUCUAAAUGAGUUGAAGGAAAAACGUGACGAAGGCGAUGCUAAACUGAAAGAGCUCCUGGAACUUAGUCAAGUUGUCUGUAAGAGCACUUCACCAAAAGGAUGCCAUCAUAUCAAACAACAGCUGCAAGAGCUUCAAGAGAGUUGGAACAACCACGUCGCCAUGAUGGAUGAUAUUGAGAUCAACUUUGAAAAGGCUCUUGGACAAUGGAGGCAGUUCGAAGUAGACAUUCAAACCCACAACGAUUGGUUUAAAGUUUAUGAAGGCAUCUUCAAGAACCAGACAUUGCUGAACACCAACGAAGAGAAGAUGGACCAGUUGCGGUUGUUUGAGCAGAAACGGCAUGACGUAAUCCAGUAUGAGAAGACUAUUGACGAUUUUGUCAAUUCAUCUCACAUUCUCCUUCAGAACUCAAAAGCCGAAAGACUCAAGCCCACUAUUACUCAAAUCAGCAAUAGGUAUCAACUCCUUCAUGUCCUCAGCAAAGAGGUUUGUGCUAAAUGGCAAGGAAUGGUCGAAGAACAUCAAAACUUUGAGGAAAAAUUGGAGGCUGCUCGUUCUUAUCUGACCGAGAUCAACAAAAUGCUGGACAAAAGUGCACAGGAGUCGGAUUGUGAGACAAAAAGUGAACUUAUACAAAAGGUGAUUGCCGAGAAAGAGGCUGUACCAAUCAAAAUCAAUAAUGUGGUUGGCUUUGGAGAAAGAUUGUUCGCUGAUACUGGAGCGCCAGGGCGUGAAGUCAUUCGAAAGGAUCUUAAGACGCUCAAAACCCAAUGGGAAGACUUAUUCCUCCAAGCUGAGGACAUGCUGAAGAAACAGGACCUCCAAAAUCAAGCCUGGAUCGACUUUGAAGAGAGUAUCAACCAAGCUAAUGAUUGGCUGAACUCUUUGACCCUUGGACUCCCAGAGCAUUUGAAUUGGCUGUCUAUUCAGGAAUCUAGAGCCAGGUUGAUGAAGGCCAAGGCUGAUUGCCAGGAGAUUGCUUCUCAGAAGCGAUUUAUUGAGAAAGUCAACGAAAAAGGAGCAGCUGUUGUACAAAGUAGUGCCAAUGUUCCUCCAGAAGAAGUUCAAUCCAUGGUAGAAAAAGUCAACUGGAAAUAUGCGGAAGUCUCUGAAGGUUUGAAGGGCAACGUGUCUGCCAUGGAAGAUAUCAUUGAGUGCAUCCAACAAUUUCAAGAUGUUUACAAGAACCAGCAAGAUUGGCAGAAGCAGAUGUGGAACAAGCUUUCUCUCUACAAUGACCUCAUGGGCUACAAGCCAAUGCUAGAAUCAAGACGCAUUGAAGUCCUGAGGCUCAAGGAAAACCUCGGAGAAGGUUCUCAUAACAUUGCCACACUCUCCAAGCACAUUGCAGGCAUUAAUGAGGAGAAACUGCCCUCCAAAGCCAAAGACGUCCUCAACCAAGAACUUGAAAGAAUCACAUACGAUUACAAAAAACUCUGCACCUCCAUCACCGACGUCAUAGAUGGCCUAAAUGACAAAUUGAGCCAAUGGGAUGACUUUGAACAACAAUAUGACAAGAUAGUUCUAUGGUUAAGCGAGAUGGAAAACAUUCUAAAAGGCUUUGCACACAAAGCCAGUGUGGACGAGAAAAUCACGAAUUUGAAGAAAUACAAGGAAUACCAACAAACAAUUGAGUCGUGGAACGUUCCCAUACAAGACUUUGUGAGCUUGGCUGAUCAAUUGGAGCAAUCUUGCAUCUUCAGCAGCAUGGAAUCAUCUUACCACGACAAGAACUCGGACGAAGGCUCCACCAUUUCUCAACUAAGCAAUGAAUCUCGAAUUGCGAUGAACGUGCAACACGUUACCUCUAGAUAUAACGGGAUCAACAACACAGUUCGAGAGAUUCUGAAGAAGUGCCAAUUAGCUGUGAACCUUCAUGAGCAAUUCCAAGACUCGUUCAAGACUUUCACACUUACUUUGGCUGAUAUUGAGUCGAAAUUGAACGACCAAAUAAAACCAGUUGAAAGUCGGGAUGAACUAUUGAAUAUUCUGUCGUUUGCGGAGACAAUUUUGGCAGAGAAGCAUCUCACUUCGCAAGAGCUGAAUUCUGUUCUAGAAAAAGGCCAAAAGGCCAGUAAUUACACCUCUCUAAAAGGCAAGGAAGAUAUCAACGGAGAGCUCAAUGAUCUUCAAAGUCUAUUUGCCUCUCUUUACGAGAAGGCUUCCAAGUUUGAACGCGACCUUCAAAGCAAGUUAUCAAAAUGGAACAACUAUAACGACACCCAAACCAAUUUGAAUCAGUCAAUGGAAGUGUUCGAUCAAUCUCUCAAGAGAGAUAUGGUCUUGAAGUCUACCCUUGAUGAGAAGAAAUGUCAAUUGAUUGUGUACCGAAAUAUGUUCAUGGAGAUCAAGUCUCUCCAGCCGACCCUUGACGAUCUACUCGAGAAGGCUGAGAACCUUCCCGAGAAGUCCACCAAAGUGUCCCAAGACAAAGACUACUUGCUGAAGAAGUUUAACCAAGUCCGAGAUAAGGCCCAAAACUAUGUGGAGGAAUACGAAGUCAUUGUAGCCAAUCAUCAGCAAUACACAAAGGCCGUAAUUGAUGCAAGUGAAUGGUUUGUGGCCACAAACAAUACAGUAGAAAUGCUUGGCGAUCCCAAUUUGGACCGUCUUAGCCUUCACGCUAAUUUAGAACGUCUCAAAAAUCUUCAACUGACCUUGCCAGAGGAAGAGUUUCGGAUCCAGGAUAUUCAAAUCGUUGGGGAAAAGGUAGUUCCUGGCACAAGUGCUGAAGGUCAAGUGAAUGUACGCGCCCAAUUAGACUCGUCAACCCAAGAAUGGCAAGCCCUACUGUCUUAUGUUAGGUCAACCAUUCAGGCAAUUGAACAAAAAAUACAGCAAUGGAUUGAGUUCGAGCAUGUUCGGGAAGAGUGCAUGAGUUGGUUGAAGAAAACUGAUACUCUCUUGCACACCUUUGACCUCAAGGCAAACCUUUCCGACAAAAAAGAUCAAUUGACGAGAUUAGUCAACCUUCAAGGAGAGAUUCGUGCAAAGGAGCUGGAGAUUGACGAAAUCACGGAUAAAAGUCAACAAUUGUGCAAGGGCAUUCAAGGUUUGCGAACUUCCAACGUGUCUGAUUUGACGGUCAAAUUCCAACACAUAUCUUCCAAGGUCCACGAUCUGAUCCAAAAAUGGCAGACUUAUGUGAAAACUCACAUCGAUUACGACCUAUCGCUCAAGCAAUCAAUGGAUUGGCUCUACAACCUUCAAUCCAAAUUGGAGAAUCUCUCGCAGUCAAACUUUGUUAACCAACGAGAGCUUGAUCAUGGAGUGGCAACAUUGAAUGAGCUUCUCAUGUCCAAAGAUGCUGGAUACACCAAGGUUCAAAAGACCAUUGAGGUUGCUCAAUCUGUUCUGGCUAAUACCUUGCCUGUGGGCCACGAAUCCAUCAAAAAUGAUAUCCAAGCUCUACAGACAAAGUGGACUGAUCUGUCGACUUGCAUAUCCAAUCUGCAAGUGAAAAUUGAGGAGACAAACAAGAAACUGGCUGGCUUUGAUAGUGACUUGAAUGAAAUCAAACGUAAUAUAGAUUUCAUUCAGAACAAGUUCAAUGAAACGGAGAGCCAAUCUCAAUUGGGCGAAAGAAUUUCCGUUUUUGUUGACAAAUACAAAGGACUGCAAGAAAAAUUGAAGUGUGAAAAAAUCGAAAUUGAUCACAUGAAAAUCCGCAAUAUCCAUUCAAACCAAAAUCUGGAGAAAGUGCAGUUGAUUUUGGAGCAAUAUGAGAAACUUCAAAGUGGUUUGGCGAAUAAGGUUAUUGAAUUGGACAAGAAACAGAAAGAUAUGAAGGCGUUCAAGAUUGUUCAAGAAAACCUCAAGCAAUACAUACAGAGGUGUCGAGAUAAAUUGACAACCAUGCGGCAAAGAUCGCCAAAUGACAAGAACUAUGUUGAAGCUGUCGUCCAAGCUUUAGAUCAUCUACUGAAUAAGGAGGCUCAAGGCCAAAUCCUUUUAGAACAACUUCAACAAUGUGGAGAUGUUGUUCAGCAAAAUUUCCCCGAUGGAGUUGAAUCAGUCAAAUCGGAUAUUGAUUCUUCAAAGGCCAAUUUUGAGAAACUUUUUGGGGAGAUCAACAACCACAAAAGUGAAAUGAGCAAGGUUAUGGAAGUGUUCCAAGAAUUCAAGGAUGAAACUGAACGCCUUUCAGACUGGAUGCAACAAUCUGAGAUCAAUAUCAAGGCAGCAAAGACGUGUCUACUUUCCUCAAUGGAGGAAAAAGAAAAGGCCGUCAAAGACAUGAAUGAUCUUCACCGACGCAUCUCCAAAGGCAAGGAAGAAUUUGCAAAGUAUAAAUCAAUGAUGGAGAAGAUGAGAGGGACCUGCCUUGAAAUCAAUGUCAUGACUCAGUAUCAUGAGACCUUUUCAAAAUAUCAGUGCCUUGUAACUUUUGCCACCGAUGUGCUGAACAGGAUUAACGAAAUAUACGACCACCAUCAUGACUUUGACGCCAAUGUUAACGCAGCUCGGGGAUGGAUUGAAAAGGCCAUGGAUAUUGUUCGAAAGAACGUCUCCACUGAAGGUAGAUCUAAGGGCGACAUGCAUACUCAACUGGACAACCUUCGAAGACUCAUCCAAUCUCAGGAAGAAGACCAGACUUAUGUUCACGGUGCCAUGGACUUUGGGGAGAAGGCCAUCCGGAAUACUCGCUCUGAUGGUCGGGAACGGAUUUCCCAAACGCUAAAAGAUCUACAAAAUGAAUGGGACAGGGUGGUGCGGAAGGUAUCGGCCGCCAAAGUGGCUGUUGAGACAGAUCUACUCCAAUGGAGUGAUACUCAAAACUCGGUGCAUAAGCUCCAAGAAUGGAUCACGGACAGAGAGCAACGUCUCAAGAAAGCUUCUGAAACGAAACAUGUAAUGCUCACUCGACGAAGUAAGUUGGGGAUCUCUACCUUGAGUGUUAGCGAACGAACUGCUGCUCUGAGACAGACCAACAACAUUCUUCAAGAUAUCCAGGCUUUUGAGCCCAUGAUUCAAAGUGUUACUUCAACGGCCAAUGCUGUGGAUACUCCUGUGCAAGAGAUAUCAGACAAGUACAAGAACUUAUCCCAACAAGCACAAAAUCUGUAUGAUAAGGAAAAGGAAAUGGUUCAAAAGCAUGAAUCCUUCAUGCAGACUGGACAUGAUUUUAUGAACUGGCUAAAGAGCGCUCAAGACAAAUUGUCCCAAUGCUCCGAGACCAAUGGAGACAAAGAAUUGCUCACAAGUAAACUAACGCAAUUGAGAAUUCUGGAGAACGAUGUGUCAAAUGGAGAAAAGCUCCUUGAGGAGGCGCUUCGUUGUGCUGCUGAGACCUGCUCAGUGGCCUUGGAUGAUGACCGUGACAUUGUGGAGGAAGAAGUUGCUUUCCUUCAGGAUGAGUUUGAUCAAUUCUCAGAACAUAUGGCCAAAGUGAAAGUCUCAUUGGAAACUGGAAUUGUGGGUUGGACUGAAUAUCUGGAGAUGCAAGGUCUAGCUCAAGAGUUUCUGUCUAAUUCAGAGAAGAAAAUCAAAACCUUUGGCGAGCUCCAGCCCACGCUUCAUGACAAAAGACGUCUCUUGGAAGAGUUCCAAGUGGAACUUCAAACUAUUUUCGAUUGGCAAGCCGACUUUGACAAGUUGAAUCAGACCGGCCAGAAAUUGAUAGAGAGCUGCGCCGACUCCAGGGUAUCAAAUACCAUCACUCAAAUUGGCACACGUUAUCAUGCCCUCUUAUCCCUAGCCAAAGACAACAUGAGAAGGUUGGAGGUUUACUACCAAGAACAUCAUCAACAUGCAUCUAUGAUUCAAGAUUGUGAGAACUUCAUGGAUCAAAUGAAGGAGUCUCUCGAGUUCUGCCGAAGUAUGGAUGGUAGGACAUCAGACCGUUUGGCCAAGCUCAAGGAGAUCAAACAAGGCCUUGAACAAGGGCAAAAGAAACUCAGGUACGUUCUAGAGCUCAAGGACAGAGUGGUGCUUAAUACUGAACCAAGUGGUGCCCAAAAAAUUGAGAAAGAAACUGUUGAGCUUAAAGCUAACUUUGAGGAGCUAGUUCGCAACAUUACUGACUUGAAGGGUGAGCUCAACCAGCAAAAUGAGACAUUGGAAGACUUAUCCAAGGCCAGCAACCUAAUCAUGGAGCAUCUUGAGGACCUCGAAACAAAGAUCUUGGGGCAGGAAGGCUACUUGAACGAUCUGGGAGAAAAACGAGCUAAUUUGGAGUUUUUGAAAAGCAUCGCCCAUGAGCUCAAUUCUCAUAGACCAAUUGUGAAAAAACUCCAAGAUCAGGUACAAGAAUCCUCAUCCCAAGAGAGUCAGAGCUUCAUGAACACCAUCAGUCACUUUGAGGAGCUAGCCAAAACAUUAAAUGAGAAUAUGAUUAAAAGUGCACAAGCUGUAAAAUUGCACGAAGCUUACCAAGAGUGUUACUUCAAGGCCUUGGAUUGGAUCAAGACCACAAAACUGGCUCUUGAUCAGAACGGAGACUCAUUAGGAGACAAAGACACAGCCAUGAGAAAACACGAGGCCUUACAAACUAUUCUUGCCUCCCUUCCCAAGGGUGAAGAUCUGAUCGAGGAGGUUUCCAAACUAAGUGUGCCAGUUCUCGAUACAACGGGUAAUGAUGGGCGUGAUCUCAUCAAGGACGAGAUACUUAAAUUGCGGUACGAAUGGGAGCAGACCAGAAAUCAAACCAAUCAAGGCCAAAAGACCAAUGAAAAAUGUGUUCUUGCUUGGAAUGCGUUUGAAACCUCUUUGGAAAAAGUGUCCGAAUGGCUCAAAGCCUUUGCAACCAAAGUCCAAAAAGAGCUUGAUCAUGGGGCAAAGACAGAUGACGAUCUACAGCGAAGACGGAAUCUUUUGAUUGAGGCUGGAAAAGAAAAAUACGACAUUGAGACGUUGAACGAGAAUUGUGAAUUACUCAUGGAAUACUCCGCGUGCAGCCACGUUCGAGAUCUCACUGUUAAUGCCCAAGCAAAAUACACAAACCUUUACACGACUCUCCAAGGGUUGGUUAAUAAAACUGAGAAGACAGUCACCGACAAUUCACAUUUCUACAAGGCCAAAGAGGAACUAACUCAAUGGCUAGAUCGUGCAGAGAGUAUUAUUGAGGACUCAGUCAAGUUUGAAGGAACGAAUGAGACAUUUGCUGGUGGUUUAAAUCAUCUUCGCAAUCUUUCCGGAGAGAUGACAGAGGGCCAGCACCUUUUGAAUUGUCUUACAGAGUCCUUUGGUCAAAUCUUGGAAUCUUGUACAGAGGGCAAGAUUACUGAUAUGAGAAAGUCAAUGCAAGACCUAAAGACGCGAUUCAACCAACUUUCAAUGGCGAUUGGAGAAGCAUCAUCAAAGCUUGUAUCCUUCCAACGCAAACUAGAAAACAGCAGCAACGUUGCCGAUUCAGUUGAGAGACUUUUGCAUUCGUUAAACUUGCCCAAUGAGCUUCAUUGCCAAGACAUAAGUGAAAUGAAGGCAAUCAAAAGCAAAUUAUCGGCAUUCAUCAAUGAGAUUUCCGAGCACCAUACCAACUUGAAGCAAGCUAGUUUGGAGAUGAAGGAACUUCCAGUCAUUGAAUUAAGUCAGGCUGUAACAGAGCGUCUCCAAAGUAUGAUUCAAAGGCUGGAAAACACUAAUGAAAACCUGAAUGCGAAGGUUAAUGUUCUUGACAAGGACAUUUUGGCCACUUCUUCAUAUCAACAGUCGGUUCAAGAGGUUGAGAAGUGGCUUCUUCAAAUGUCUUUCCAAUUGAUGGGCCACAAUUCGCUUUACAUCUCAUCCAAGAGCCAGACUGAGAAACAGCUUCAAGACCAUGAAAAACUUAUGAAUGACAUCAAACACUAUCAGGAAACUUUGAAUUCUGUCCGUGACGUUGGCAUGUCCAAGGUUCCUCCUGGCACACCUAACAAAACCUCCGAAGUGGAAAAAGUGCACCGGAAUUUCCAAGAGAGUUAUAACUCUUUACUCCAAACUGGGACACAGAUCAAAAAUCGCUUGCUGGACUCUCUGGCCAAGUUCCAAGAAUAUGAAGAUGUACUUAUGAACAUCUUGAAGAACUUGAACUCUCUUGAGCCUGAGGUAGCCAACCUUAUGGAUACUUCCAAUGACAAUUUCGACGACACAAAGGUUCAGUAUGAUAAACUAAAAUCCAUUCACAAUCAAUUGCAAUCUGAGAAGAUUGCGUUGCAAUCUGCAAUUCAAGCAUGUGAGGCAGCAGCAGCUGCCAUUUCAAGGCCUGGAACACCAAUGGUUCAGCCAGGGGAUCGCUCCUCCCACGAGAAAGAGCUUCAUAUCAAGUUGAAAUUGGAAGACCUCAUUGACAAGGAGAUCAACCCUGACAUAAGACUCAGGAAGAUUCUUCAUUUCAUUGAUCAAACUGACGUUGCUCCCCGAUUUGAUUCCCUUUUAACUCAGGUGCAAACUAAGAUGUCAUCAUUGGGAAGUCAGGUGAGCGAAAUGGAGUCAAUCAAUCUGGAACGGGAGAACAUGGACCGGUGGAUUCAAAGCCAAGAAAACGCAGUGGCCGAGAUGUUGACAAGGCCUGGCAAGCUUCGCCAGGACGCUGCUCAAAUCGACUUGAAUAUUGUCAGUGAUUUGAAACAAACAAUCAUGGAGAAAAAUGCUCUCCUGGAUGAUAUGGACAUGCGUCUGGAAAUGCGAGGCUUGCCUGUGGAUCAUAACACCCGUAUUACGUUAGAUACCUUGGAAGAGCAUGUGAAUAUGCUCCAAGAUAGACGUUUCAAUCAACAAGUAAAUGCUGAAGAAUAUCGAAUGGCAAAUCAAGAGUUGCAAGGCUGGUAUGAGACCCUGAAUAAGAAGCUAGACAAUCUCGAACCACCAAACACGGGAGAUAUGAGCAUUGACAGCAAGCUCAAACAGAUUGAUGAUCUGUCCAAAGAUUGGCAAUCGGGGCAGAUGUUGCUGAGCAAUCUCAUGGAAAAGGCUGAGCACGUAUCCGGAGAGAUCGGACCCAUGGAUAAGCAGCAUUUGGAUGAACAGACAGGAUCCAGUCAACGGCGCAUGAAGGAACUAAAGAAGAGAAUCGAGCGAAAGAAGCAGAUCAUCGAAUUGGCCCACAAUGGUUACAAGGACACGAAGAAAGAGAUCGAAAAGACGGACCAAUGGAUGAAGGAGAAGAUUGCAUUCCUCCAGAAUCCAAACAAAGGCAACAUGGACAAACGAUUGGAAGAUGUUUUGGCUCUAAGUAAAGAAAUUGAUGCGAAACACAUUUUACUCGACUCUUUGGACGUCAAGGUGUCCAAUGUCAGGUCCGACCUCAACUCCUCGGAGGUUAAGCAAUUGGAGAGCUGUCUUAAGAUGCUAUCAACCAAUCAAAACAUCUUAUCCAAAUUAGCAAAAGAGGUUUACAAGAAAGAGAACUCUAUGCUUGAUAGUAAGAAAAAACUGGAUUCAAAUUUAGACGCCAUAAAGGUUUGGUUGGAAGGAAAGACAGCCGAGCUGUUCCCCCCAUCAGAAUUUGAGCCUUUGAAGGCUUUUGUCAUCGAAAAGCGAGUCAGUAAAUACAAAAAGUCUGAGACUGAGAUCAGGAAUUAUGAGGAGAAGGAGAUGACCAAAAUCCGCCAAGAAUUCAGCCUCUUUGAGAAGUCCAAGGACAACGAGAAGAACAAAUAUUUGAAUGAUCUCAAGGACGUGGAAGCCAAAUUUGAAAACUUAAAAAAGACGCUAAAUGACAAAAAGGAUCUUCUUGAAGGCAAGCUUGAGUCUCGCAGGCAAUUUGAAUCGGAUUUCCAGUCUAGCACACAAUGGCUAAACAAGGCUGAAUCCAUUUCCUCCUCUGAAAUUCGGGGAAGUAUUAACAUUGCUUCCUUGGAUGAGCAUCUUCAAAAGUUCAAAGGUCUCAAAACCGAGGAAGAAUCUAAUCGAAAGCUCCUUACAAGUUUGGUUGAGAGAGCAAACGAGAUCAUCAAAGGCCUCAGUGACGCUGAUCAGCUGAACUUGCAAAGCGAGAUGGAUAAUGUCUGCGAUAAGAUGAAUCAAGUAUCGGACACCACCAAGCGAAGGGUUGAGGAACUCAUCAAAAACAUUGAGCAAUACCGAAAAACGGCCACCAAAAUUGAACAGAGUGUCACGUACUUGAGUACAAUCCAAAGGGAAAUCAAGCAAUUAAACAAACCUAUUGGAUACAAGGUCGAGGACGCCGAGGAUGUCUUAGAAGCUUACGAGAAGAUCCUCGCCGAUUUGCGAAGCUUCAAAGAACAACUAGAGGAACUCCAGCGAACCACGGGAACCAAUGUCAAUGAGCUCAAGGUCCUUCUCCAACAACAGGAGGAACUGAUUGCUGCCAUUGAAAGUCAAAUGCAGAAGAUCAAAUCGCUCAUCAAUGUCCGACACAACUUCAUGGAGAUCGUGACUGAUAUCACUGGAUUCAUCAUCAAAUACACAGAGGUCGUCAAAGAGAUCGAGAGGUCAGACAUUUCCUCGGCCGAGAAGGUAGAGAAGUAUGAUGAGGCCAUUCAUCGAAUCGAGGAAUGCGAGACUCAAUUGGCAGUGGCCACGGAUAAAGGUCUUCAAAUUGCGGCCGAAGGCUCAUCAGCAGAUCGGAAUAAGAUCACUGAACAACUUCAUUCUCUAAAAACCCAGAUUUUGAACCUCAAAAAAGCCAUUGAAAGUAAGAGGAACGAACACAUUAAAUAUGCGGCGGAUCAUGAGCGACUCCUGGGAUCGGUCGAGACUCAUUUGGAUUGGCUUCACUCCAAAGAGGCUGAGGCCAAAUCAAGGCCCUUAUUAGGCACCAAUGUUGAGGAAGUGGAUCAAAAGAUUCACGAACACAACGCCUUUGAGUCUGAGGUGAAACAGCGACUCGACGAAGUCCGAAGAGUCCAGGAAAACGCUCAAAAAGAGGGCAGUUUGUCUGGCAUGGUGGAGAAUAUUUUGAAUUUGGCCAAUGCCUUACUUCAUUCCAUGCCCAUUGAAUUGACGGACCGAAAGCAAUAUUUGGAACAGAACCGAGAUCAUCGUCUUCAAUAUGAUAGUCUUGUGGAGAGACUCCAUUCUUGGGUGGAAGAAGCCCAACGGAAAUUGAGAUCCACCGAGUCGGGGGUGGACUUCGUGAACGUUCACAGAGAUCUUGAGGAGCAUACACAGUACUUUGGCCCCGGAGAACAACUGAAAGAGCUUUUAACGAAGAUCCAAGAGAGUGCAAACUCGAUUUGGCCCUCAUUGGACCAACAUUACCGUGACAAAGUGGCUCAAGAGCAAGAUUUCUUCUCCCAGUUGGUCAAGAACAUCCAAAAUUCCGCCCAAGUCAAACAGGCUCAAUUGACAGAGCACUCUCGGAAAUGGAAAACCUUCAGUGAAACAUACGCCGUCCUCUCAAAGAGUGUGGCAUCCAUUAACUUUGACCUCGAUAAGCCCACCUCAUUAGCCGGGGUGAAAAGCACCAUUAAUAAGAUUGACAGCUACAACAAGACUCUGCAACAGAAAAAGAGGGACUUGGAGAAGUACAACGACAUGGCCAAGGAUCUUUUAACCCAAGCUGAUGGCAUAAACAAACACAAAAUUACACGAGAUCAAACCGAAAUCAAUGACACCAUUCACAAAGCCAUGGCGCGAUUGAAAGACGAAAAGGAGGUCUUGGCCACCUUGGCCUUGGGUUGGGAUGACUUUGAUUUGAAAAGCCGAAGUUUCAACUCUGCCAUUGCCAAUCUCCAACACAAGGUUUCGACUAUUGAUACAACAUUUAGGUCGGUCCACCAGAUGAAAGAGAUGAAGAAGUCGUUACAGAAACUUAUUGAUGAAGCUCGAGGACUUGAAGGUCGCAAGAAGGACGUGAAGAUCCUGUCCGAUAACGUGGUCCAGUACCUUAACUCGGUGUCCGAAUCGUCCUCGGCGGACGUGGAUGCUGCCACGAACAUUCUCAUUCAGAAAUACACGGCGUUGCUCGAAAGUCUGGAGGAGCGCCAUGACAAGGUGUCCCAAGAAAUUGUUAAUUUGGAGGGAACGGACAAAGUGGUUCACGACUUAAACGAUAAAUUAAAACGCCUGCAAAAAGAAAUUGCUCGAUUGGAUGCGUGGUCCGUGGAACAAGACUCAACUUUGGGACAAAUGAAGGCACUGCGGGAUCAAUUGGAAGGGCACUUUGAAAAGGCCAAAGACUUGAACAACUCCACACGGCAGAAGUACCAGGAGUAUGGACAAUCCCUCCCAGCCGAAGCAGGACAAAAGCUGUCUUCAUUGGAGAUAUUGGCAGAAUCCUUGGUGGGAGAAAUGGACGAGAAGAGUCGCGAAUUCGAACGGGCCCAGACGGUUCGUGCAGAUUAUGCUCAAGAUUUAGAAGAGGUCCAGUUUUGGCUCCAAAGAGCUGAAGCUAAGAUCCAGGAUCGAUCGGUACAACCCCAAGCAAUCAAAGCUCAACUCCAAGAGGUUAAUAUGGAGAUUGGGUCAACGGCUGAUCAAUUGGAACGCCUCAACAAGAACGGCCAAGUUUUAGUCGAAAAGUCACAAAAUCCUCAAGAACGAGAUUUGGUCCAAUCCACGUGUUCCAAUGUGACGGAACAAAUGGCUCAUGUUCGCCAUAUUUUGGAACAAAAGAAAAUGGCGGUUGGCGAAGCUAUUGAUUCGUGGCAGAAGUUUUUGGAUCUUUACGAAGCUGUCAUUGCUUGGUCGGACGAAAAGAACGUUUUCGUGGCCGAGCCAUUGGAUUUCAGUACAUUGCCAGUGGCAAAGUCCAAGCUUCAAGAAUACUCGGCUGUGAUGAAAACCAUCAAGAACGCUUCCAAGAACGUGGCAGAAAUGAAUCGAGAAUACUCUCAAAUUGGCCAGGUGGCCGAUACCGGCGAUCUUGGUGCCAAGCUUCAUGAGAUAGAGCAAAGGAAGAAUUCCACAGAAAAACAGCUUUCAGAAAAGAACGCCAUGCUUCAAGAAAUGACAGAGGAAUGGGAGCAAUGCGAGCGAAAGCUGAAAGAGACCCAGGAUUGGAUUGCCCGAUCCCGAUCCAGCUUGGCCUCGAUCCCGAACCGCAAGAGUCCCAUUCGUGAUCAAUUGGCCUUACGGGAGAAGAUCUACAGCGAGGUGACCAUUCAGCGUGCCAAGGUCAUCAUGUCCGUUGAAAAGUUGCACGUGCAUUUUCCGGAUGGCAACACUAAAGACCAGGAUGUGAUCCAUAUGGCUCGAGGUAUUGAGCGAGACCUGGACGAGCUCUUGGUGGAGAUUAAGUCUCAGAAUGCCACCCUGGACUCCUGCUUGACUCAAUUGGAACAAUACCAACAGGAAAUCCAGCGUCUGCGUUCCCAGAUCUUGCUCGAGGAGCAACAUUUACGUGCUGUCUCAAGCCCUUCAUACGUGGCCAAAAAUAGAGACAAAGCCAUUACGGAACAAUCGGCCUCAAGAGAAAAAAUUCGAAGUCUUCAGGCCAAAAUCUCCGCCUUCAAUGAACGCAUCAAAUUAGUCAAUCAACGCGGAGUGCCUGAUGAGAUUCCACUGCGAGCGGAUAUUCCCUUGGAAACACAUUUCACUUAGGCAUACAGUAACUUCCUAUUAUAGGUUGAGGAUAUACCGUUGCUUGGUUGACUAUGUAUAAGCUUUUGCAUGCCCUAUUUUUACUCCAUCUCGGCACGAGUCAUGAAAUAAAAGUCCUUGUUGUCAACUCA